AUGCAGUGGUUCACGGUGUUAAUUACGAUUGGUAUUGUUGCAGUGUCUGCAGUGGGAAGUGAUGGGCAAGAGUUGCCAGUAAAGUCGCCAGUCGAGAACUUAAGCCACAUUCCGCGGCCGUUAGAACAUGAUGCGAACAAACCAAACAUCGCGACCGCGUCAAAUAAGCUGUCUACGAAUGGAUAUCUUGUGUUCUCUGGACAAUUCCCGUACCAUGCAGAGCUCUACGUUGACAAUGGCGUAAUUACAGCCAAUACCCACACUUGCGGAUCCCUCAUCACACCAAAUUACAUCCUUACUCGCGGGAAUACAUUACAAGCAAGUAAGCUUCAUGGAGUAGCAGUUUUGGGUGUUGAUGAUGGAAGUGAUCCAACAACGCAGCAGAGUAUCAACUUCACCGAAGGUGAUAUACGUCUACUUCCUAUGCAUGACUUGGCAACAGUUCGUCUGGAACAUCCGGUAAUAAUCACAAAGUUUGUGCAGCCGAUUCGUUUGCCUAGAUUAUCCGAUGAUCGCUGGUAUGAGAUGAUGGAGGGCACAACCGUCGGGGGAUAUACGACAACGUCGAGAUGCAUACGCAAUCAGAUAAUGUCGAAUGACGAUUGCCAAAAGCAACAUCCUCAAGUGGACAUUUCUUCAUACCAUAUUUGUACGAACACUUACUUUGGAGGUGCAUUCUGUAACAGAGCGUAUGGUUCUGGGUUGAUCGUUGAAGGAGAGAAGGAACGUAUGCUGGUUGGUAUUACGAUUUUGGCGUCAUUGUGCAAUGUGAACUAUCCAAUUGUUUAUUUACGUGUUUCGGAGUUUCGCGACUUGAUUGCUAUGAACUCGGACUAUGUGUUUGAUGCUUAG